AUGUCUGACGCUACUGCCCCCGCCCCCGUUGAAGAGGUUAAGCCCGCUGAGGUUCCCGCGACCGAAGCGGCGCCCGCUGAGCCCGUCGCCGAGCCAGCGCCCGCUGCUGAGGCCCCUAAGGAAGACGCGAAGGUCGAAGAGGCCGCGCCUGCCGCUGAGGCACCUGCCACAGAGGCUGCCGCUGCUGAACCUGCUGCUGAGCAGCCGACGAGUGAGGAGGCUAAGCCCGCUGAGCCCGCUCCAGAGGCGAAGAAGGAGGAGCGCCCCAAGAGCCCUAGCUUCCUGUCUAAGAUCUUUGCUCCCUUCAAGCAUGAGAAAGCCAAGAUUGAGAAGAAGGUAAAGGAGAAGGCCCCUGUCAAGAAGGAGGAGGUUCCUGCCGCUCCUGCUGCAGAAGAAGCGCCCAAGCCUGAUGAGGCUGCCGAUUCUGCCAAGACUGAGGAGACCCCUGCUGAGCCUGUGAAGGAGACUGAGACUGCCCCAGCUGAAGCUGCUCCGGCUGAAGAGCCUACUGCAGAGGCCGCUCCUGCUGAGCCCGCUGCCGCGGAGGCCGAGGCACCCAAGGAGGAAAAGAAGGAGGAGAAGAAGGAAGAGAAGCCGAAAUCCCCUAAGGUUGGACGACGACUCUCCUCCCGUGUUGGCGACUUCUUCAAGCCAAAGGCGAGGGUUGAGCCCCACGUACCUGCCAAGGUUGAGGAGGCUCCCCCCAAGAUUGAGGAGCCAGAACCCGUCGCCCCCUUGGAGAACCCUGCGGCUGAGGCUACUGCGGAACCCGCCGCUGAGUCUGCACCGGCUGUCCCUGAGGAGCCCAAGGUCGAGGCGCCACCCGCUGCUCCCGUCGUUGCUGCUGCUGCAUAA